GUCGCGUAAAAGGGAACGUCGCGCAACGUCCGCGUGUUUCAGUCGUCGUUACACUUCGCGGGUGACAGCAUGCGCGAUCGAUCUCGACUUACAGAAAAGAUGCUCGAGAUGCACAAUGUGCACCAUGAACGCGACAUACGCUACACCAUGCAGCUAUGCCGCUGGAUUUUGAAACCGAUCGGCAUGUGGUAUCCAAUCUACGGUCAUCCGUCGCAGAGCGAGAAACUCAUCUCCAUAGCGUUGAUCUUCACGUGCUUCUCCGCUCUGUGUUUCGUUCUGAUACCUGCCGGAGUGUACACUCUGUUUCGCGAGAAGGAUAUCAACAUCAAAGUCAAGCUCUUCGGUCCAGUCGGCUUCUGCCUGACUAACACGAUCAAGUAUUGCUACCUCGGUGCACGCGCUGCCGCAUUCGGAAAAUGCAUUCGACACGUCGAGGAUGAUUGGCGAGUUGUGCGAUAUCAAGAUCAUCGCGGGAUAAUGUUGAAGAACGCGCUGAUAGGACGCCGGAUCACCACGCUGUGCGCGAUUUUUCUGUACGUCGGCGGAUUAUCCUACCACACAAUCAUGCCGUUAUCUUCCAGACAGAGGAUCAACGAAAAUUACACGAUCCGAUUGCAUACUUAUCCCGGUUACGAUCUGUUUUUCGACCCCGUAGCCAGCCCCGCUUACGAGAUCGUAUUCUGCAUCCACUGCCUGUUCGCGCUGAUCACGUAUAACAUCACGACGGCAGCGUGUAGCUUCGCGGCGAUUUUUGUGACGCACGUAUGCGGACAAAUUCAAAUACUAAUGACGUUGUUGGACGACCUGGUCGAAGGAAAAUGGAGCGAGGGCACCACCGUGGAGGAACGUCUGAGCGCGAUAGCGAAGCAUCAUAUGCGAAUACUGAGAUUUUCGACCAGCGUGGAGGAAGUACUACGUGAAAUAUGUCUAUUGGAAAUAGUGACAUCUACCUUAACCAUAUGCUUGCUCGAGUAUUAUUGUCUAACGGAGUGGGAAAAUAGUGAUGCCGUGGCGAUCUUGACGUAUUUCAUCCUGUUGAUAUCUUUCACAUUCAAUAUUUUGAUAUUUUGUUAUAUCGGCGAACUCCUCGUGGAACAGUACAGCAAAAUUGGUUCCGCUGUCUAUGAAAUAAACUGGUACAGUUUAUCUGGGAAAAAAGCUCUCGAUCUCGUGCUAAUCAUCGCGAUGUCUCAUUAUCCGCCUAAACUAACAGCUGGCAAAAUUUUUGAUUUAUCCAUUUACACAUUUGGUGCUGUACUCAAAACAUCAGUAGUAUAUUUAAAUUUACUUCGUACCGUUACGGAAUAGAAUUUAAACACUUCAUAUUUACCAUAGACCUUGUUGCA